AUGGCUGCUGCUUCUAUAUUUUCUGUAGCAUUAAUAUUAUUUUCUCUGUUGUACCAGAUAGGGGGUGUGGUGAGUCAAUACUGGGUGAGGGAACAAGUAAACAAUGCUGGGUCUGGGUGUGACCUUUUCCAUGGAGAAUGGGUGUACGAUAGGUCCUACCCUCUCUACAUUUCAACAGACUGUCCCUUCAUUUUGAAGGAGUUUGAUUGCCAAAAGAAUGGUAGACCAGAUAAUGAGUAUCUCAAGUACAGAUGGAAGCCCACUUCAUGCGAUUUACCAAGGUUCGAUGGAAGAAGCUUUUUGGGAAGAUUUAGAGGGAAGCGCAUCCUAUUUGUAGGGGACUCAUUGAGCAUGAACCAAUGGCAGUCUCUCACAUGUUUGCUUCAUAAAUCAGUGCCAGAAGCCAACUACACCUUGUCCAAGGUUGGAGGUGUCUCCACAUUCAAGUUUCCAGCAUACGACGUUUCGAUCGUUCUGUCCCGCGAUGCCUUUCUGGUAGAUGUUGUGAAUGAGAGCAAUGGGCGUGUUCUUAUGCUUGACUCAAUUCAAAAUGGAAGUUAUUGGAGAACCUUUGAUGUCUUGGUCUUCAAUACAUGGCAUUGGUGGCUUCAUACUGGAAGAAAACAACCGUGGGCAGAAGUUCGAUAUGGUGUGAAUAAUGUACACAACGACAUUGAUCGCAUGAAGGCCUAUGAGAAAGCUUUGACGACAUGGGCUAGAUGGGUGGAAUCUAGUGUGGAUCCUAGUAAAACGAAGGUCUUCUUCCAAGGUGUUUCUCCGGAUCAUAUGAGGUCAAGAGAAUGGGGUGAUAAUGCAAAAUCGGAGACCUGUUUUGGACAAACAGCACCAGUUCUAGGAACACAAUAUCCAGGAGGCUCACAUCCAGCACAAGUUAUUUUAGAAAGAGUGUUGCGCACAAUGUCCAAGCCAGUUUACUUGCUCAACAUAACAACACUGUCACAACUCAGGAAAGAUGGUCACCCUUCCUUCUAUGGUUUUGGCGGCCGCCGUAGCAUAGAUUGCACCCACUGGUGUCUUCCUGGCAUUCCGGAUAGUUGGAAUCAAAUUCUUUUUGCUGCACUCUUCCAAUGA